UAGAAUCCCACCGAACUCCGCCCGAUCGAUCGACACGGUUUCGCCGGCUGGUGCACACCCACAACAGCAGCGGCGCAGUCCUCUCGCAGCAAGCAAGCAAGCAAAGCGAAGCGCGCGUACCAGAAAAUUGCAGCUUUGUGCUCCAGGGAAUCGGAGCAUACAAAUCCAAGGAGCAAGCGGAAGGUACACAUUCGACGAGCAGAGCGAAAAUGUCGGCUCGCUCCUCGUUCGACCGCGGAUCCGCCGCGUCCUUGCAUGCUGCGAAUGAGCUCGCCGAGCAUGUAGACUUGCCAACCCCAAUCGACGGAUCUUUUGCUGUCAAGGCAGUGGAAGGAAUGCAAGCCAUCGGAGCGCACGAGAAGCUGCCCAAGCACGCCCAUGUGAUCAAAGACAAGCGUACCGGCCAGCACUACGUCAAGCCGCUGAAGUUCAGCUUAGCAAAGGCGAAGCAAGCGCCCAAAACCGAGCGCCACGAAUUUAGCCAUCCCGUUGGUCUGUCGCAGGCCUUUUCGACGUCCAAGGCACCCAGUCGUGUAUCGCACGAGUCCAACCGCGUAGGCAGUGUUCCGGCGCACACCGAUGCGGGUACAGCUCUUUUGUUGGACCAGCUUCGCAACAUUGUCCGUCAAGAAGUGACAUUCGCGCAUGAAGGCCACAAGGAGCAAGUUGAGCAGAUCGCUGCCAACACGCAGGAACUCCAGAGCCAACUUCGCGCCAUCGAUCAGAGCGAUCAACUCGGCGUCAACACCACGGAUUCCAAAUCUCGAAAUGGAAGUGCCACGACGGAUGGCAAGACUAGUUUUGCAGAUGCUCCUCUGCCCCAAGUCGCUGCAAGAGGCGGCAUGAACGCGGCGAUCAUCGACGAGGAUGAGGAUGAUGAGGACGAAUUUCCAAAUCUUUGGGCCAAGUGGCGUUACCACGUAAGCGAUGAGCGGUAGCAGACUUGCCGUGCUCACCCACUGACCCCUUCGAACCCUCUCGCCUGCCGCGCCCCAGCUUCGCGAGCCCUUUGCAGAGUUUCUGGGCACUGCAGUUC